AUGGCGACCUCGGACCCUUGGCUAUUCCCUCGACUAAUACAAAUCCCACCGAGAGCUCUUGGGCGGAAGGCUGUCUCAAUCCCUGACAUAACACAGUUCUGGCGUGUUACCCAGGAAUUGUUUGGUGUUCGUUGCAGAGCGCCAACAGAAAUAUAUGCGAGCGGGGUAUACAACGAGCUCUUCAAGCUUGAACUCGAUACUCCUCCUAACGCAGAUCUGCCAAAGAUAGUCCUGGCACGCGUGGCUCGAAACGCAAAGACGCGGUCAGAUAACAGUCUAGAAUCCGAAGUUGCUACCAUGGCUUUCGUCAGACAAAAUUGCCCCGAAGUACCUGUUCCACGAGUAUUUGGAUACUGCCCCUUCCAAAACAACGCCAUCGGAGCUCCCUUCUCCGUUGUCUCUUUUUCGGAAGGUGUUGAGAUGUAUGGUGUGCCUUGGGAAGAACUGCCUCUCGAGUCAAAACUCAUCGGUGUCCGCGAUUUUGCCAGAAUCAUUGCCCAAUUGACCCACCUUAACUUCAAAUCAAUGGGAUCCAUAUACUUCAAAUUUGAGGCCCAGCACUCUCCGUCUCAAACCAUUGCUCCUACCGGAUUUUGUCUUGGCCCCGCAAGUUGGGCAAAGGACGAGUCGGCUUCACGGAUGGCGGCCCUGGCGAUGGAGGACACGAAACGAGACCGAGGGCCAUGGAAAUGCUCUGCGCACUGGCUGAAGGCGUCGCUCGCAGAAGAUAUUCAAUUCAUCGAACGAUUGCCGGGACUUGCCAAGCAAAGCUUUGCUGCCAGAACCAACAAAAGCGAACGUGAAGGCGAGAGGCGGUUGCAAUUGGCGAGGAGGGUUCUUCCUCGAAUGCACGACUGCGUUAUGGAGCCAAGAGACGAUCCAUACGACCAAUGCUCGACCGGGCCGUUUGUUUUGGGCCACUUGGAUUUGAACCCCUGGAACAUGAUAUACGCUCCGAAAGGCCCCAACGCUGGCCACAUAGUUGCGAUAAUAGACUGGGAAAUGUCGCUGACCGUGCCGCUUUGGCGUAUGGCAUGCUACCCACUCUGGUUUGAUCUCGCCUUCUCGUCGACACGGAAGACCCGACCACCAGAGGAGGCCCGCGCAUUCAAAGACACGUAUAUCCGCGAGCUCCAGAAACAUACGCGGGAUGCAUUGGUGUUGCGUGUCGUACAAAAUGCACAGUACGAGGCGCGGAGGAGGUUCGCCGAGCUGGCUGUCCUGGGCUGGGAGGAGGCAGAUGUUAUGGACCGCUGGUUAAUACAGAAUGAUGCGUCGACAGCACCUUCCGAGUGA